AUGAAGUGCAAGAUCCACCCUUAUGAGUACGGCGAUGGCGUCUGCGCCUCUUGCCUCAAGGAGCGCCUUCUCGCCCUCAUUGCCGCCCAGAACGAGCUCUCUUCCCACCAGUACCACACCGCCUGCCAGCGCAUCGACUUUUCCGCGCCUUCUUCGGAGGCUCCUCCUCCUCCCCAUCAAUUCCCUUCUCCUUACAUUUCCCACCGCCGAUCCGUCGGAUACGAGGCCUCCCCUGCUCACGUUCGCCUCCACCAUCGCUUCUUCAGCACCCCGCAGGUCGGCCCCGCCUUCAGGGCGGCCAACGGCGCUGGAUCGCUUGACGAUCUUGACAGCGGCAGCGGUCGCCGCAAGCAGAGGUUCUCCAUUGUAAAAGCCCUAUUCGGGCACACCAGAUCGGAGAAGGCGGAUCCUGACUUGGGGGAUUCCGCUGGCCCGGCCUCGGGCUCAUGGAUCUCUGCUCUGAUCCGCGGCCGGAGUAAGAAAAAACACAAGAAGAAAUCGGAGGAGGACGCGCCGCCAUCGCGGAAGCCGCAGAGAUCAUUUCGCGAUUCAGAAUACGAGAAUGACUUCGGCGAAGAGUACUCCACCACCUCUUCUCGGCGGCCAACCUCGAAGCAGUUCCCAGGGAACCAUCCGGGCUCUGGGUUCUCCGUCUGCCUUAGUCCACUAGCCAACUUCGGGCAGGAGGGGAGACAACGAAAUCGCCCGACGGAGCUCGGACUAUCUGGAAAGCCUCGGGCGGCGAUCGAAAUCGCCACCCUCGCGUCGAACCGGCCCCGAAAUCUGGCCGACGGAGGUUUGAGUCAUUAG